AUGGCUCCCUCUGCUGAACCAGCCGCUGAGCUGUCGCAUCUCCCCAAGGCCGAUGGCUCUGCCACUUUUUCCUACGGCGGCUAUUCCGUAGUCGCCGCCGUCAACGGCCCCGUCGAGGCGCAAAGACGAGACGAGAACGCCUUUGAGGCUCUGGUGGAUGUCAUCGUGCGGCCUGCUGCAGGGGUUGGAGGAACCCGGGAGCGGCAACUUGAGUCGCUAUUGCAGGCUGCUUUCCGCCAGCUGAUUCCUGUGCGGAACUAUCCCAGAUGCGUGAUCCAAAUCACCCUACAGGUGGCCGAAACACCAGAGAAUGCCUAUGUCAACACCAAGCUGGUCCAGGCUUCGCUGAACCUUCCCAUUAUUCCUGCGUUGCUCCACGCAGCCAUCCUGGCAAUUCUAACUGCCGCGAUCCCUCUCAAGGCCAUCGCCGCAGCGACUGUCAUUGCCAUCCCCGAUGACAACACGGAUGUCAUCGUUGAUCCAACCGCGGUGGAGGCAGACCGUGCUAGGUCGCUCCACGUCCUGGGUUUCACCUCUCAGGACGAGCUUCUCUUGUCAGAGAGCGAAGGCUCCUUUACUGUCGAUGAGUGGAACAAGGUCCUGGAGCUGGGACAGCGCAUAUGCUGCCAGCACCAACAACCCGGUCUUGACACCGCCAUGGCAGGAGAUAGCCAUGAAUCUCGGAGUAUGAAGGACUUUAUUCGUUCCGUCAUAGCGGCUAAGACGGCAGAUGACCUCUACUGGAAAUGA